CUCUUCUUUUCUAUGCAGCCUAGACUGAUUAGAAAGGCUGGUCUGGCGGCGGAGGCUGGCGCUGUCCUGAGAGGGAGGGCUCGGUGUGGAAGAGGUGAGGGUGUCCCAGGUCCUCGGGCCGCGUCUCGGGUGGAGUCCUCCCUCUCUUCCUCCUAAUCUUCUUCCUCUUCUUCUCUGAGACCUCCCUUGGUCUCUCUCCUCCCGCCUGACUCGGUUCGGGGCCAGUCCUGCGAGCCCGGCUACGCUCCGAGGGAGCCCCAAGACGUGGGUCCGAGCGUGACAUUUGGUUCUGAACCAACACAGCCCAGGGAUCCGCCGGGCUCUGAUGAAUCGGACAAAAGGUGAUGAGGAGGAAUAUUGGAACAGCUCUAAGUUCAAGGCUUUCACUUUUGAUGAUGAAGAUGAUGAACUGUCACAGUUAAAGGAAUCCAAGCGAGCAGUGAAUAGCCUUCGAGACAUUGUGGAUGAUGACGAUGACGACGAUGACCUGGAACGAGUCAGCUGGAGUGGGGAGCCUGUGGGAAGUAUCUCAUGGUCCAUCAAAGAGACUGCUGGUAAUAGUGGGUCAGCGCAGGAUGGACGUGAACAGAUAAAGGGCCGAAACAGUUUCUCCUCCUAUGCACAACUACCCAAACCAACUUCCACUUACUCCCUGAGCAGCUUCUUUAGAGGUAGGACUAGACCUGGAAGUUUCCAAUCUCUUUCUGAUGCUCUAUCAGAUACACCUGCCAAAAGUUAUGCUCCAGAGCUCCGGAGGCCCAAGGGGGAGUAUAGGGAUUACAGCAAUGACUGGAGCCCCAGUGAUACAGUACGACGCCUUAGGAAGGGCAAGGUCUGCUCCCUGGAAAGAUUCCGCUCCUUACAGGACAAGCUACAACUCCUAGAAGAGGCAGUCAGCAUGCAUGAUGGAAAUGUUAUUACUGCAGUUCUGAUCUUCUUGAAGAGGACGCUGAGCAAAGAGAUCCUCUUCCGAGAGCUGGAGGUGAGACAGGUUGCCCUAAGACACUUCAUUCACUUCCUUAAGGAAAUAGGUGAUCAAAAGCUGCUUCUAGAUCUCUUCAGGUUCCUAGAUAGAACAGAAGAGCUGGCGUUAUCCCACUAUCGAGAGCAUUUGACCAUUCAGGACCCUGAGAAACGAAAAGAAUUUCUGAAGACCUGCAUUGGUUUGCCAUUUUCAGCAGAAGAUACUGCACACAUACAAGACCAUUACACCCUCCUGGAACGUCAGAUUAUUAUUGAGGCAAAUGAUCGACAUUUAGAAGCAGCAGGACAGACUGAGAUCUUCCGGAAGCAUCCUCGAAAAGCUUCCAUCCUCAACAUGCCACUAGUGACAACGCUUUUCUACUCCUGCUUCUAUCACUACACGGAAGCUGAGGGGACAUUCAGCAGUCCCAUCAACCUGAAGAAGACAUUUAAGAUCCCAGACAAGCAGUAUGUGCUGACAGCACUGGCUGCUCGUGCCAAGCUCCGAGCCUGGCAUGAUGUCGAUGCCCUCUUCACCACAAAGAACUGGCUCGGUUACACCAAAAAAAGGGCACCCAUUGGCUUCCAUCGAGUUGUGGAAAUUUUACACAAGAACAGUGCCCCUGUUCAGAUAUUGCAGGAGUAUGUCAACCUGGUGGAAGAUGUGGACACAAAAUUGAAUUUAGCCACUAAAUUCAAGUGUCAUGAUGUUGUUAUUGAUACCUGCAGAGACCUGAAGGAUCGUCAGCAGCUGGUUGCAUACAGGAGCAAGGUAGACAAAGGAUCUGCAGAGGAGGAGAAAAUUGACACUAUUCUCAGCAGCUCGCAAAUCCGAUGGAAGAAUUAAGUAGCAUUAGCUUCACUGAAACUCGCCUUAGUUCUUCCUGUCCUGCCUGUGAAAAUACAAAGAACUCUUCUGUGGGAGACUACAACAUUACACCCACUUGUGCCCUUCAUCAACAGGCAAUACUUGCUGCUCUUGAGACAGAAACCAGCCCCUGGGCGCAGGUAGCUUCAGACUUAUCUCUCCAAGGCCAUCAUAUAAGAGCCAGUUCCUAACACUUUGACCCAUGAGAAAAAUACUUUCCACCAGGUGCUCUUGUGAAGGUGGGAGCCCACAGUGGUAAGAUUUUUCUUGGUCUGUGAAAAGUGACUGCUCUAGAAAGGACGUCUCAUAGACUUCAGAGGUACGAAAGGGGUCUCAGGGUGGCUACUCCAUUCCUCUCAGCUAAUUAUGACCCAGAACCUGAUGCUGGACAUUGGCAGUUAUACUCUGAAGGAAAUCAGAACAGAACCUAAGUGACUGUCUUCCGGGGGCCUCAGGAAGACAUACCAGAAUUGCUCAGCUCUACUGGAGACAGACCCAUACCAGACUGCCCAGAGCCCUGUGCGAGAUGACGGGCACUGCCCAGAUGGUGGGUUUCCUCAGCCAGUAUCUCUUUGCUGCUCCAGUCUAUUUUAUUCAAAAAGUUAGAGUACUCCUCUCACCUGUACACUGAGAUGACCUGUUUGGGUGAUGAGAGUCCCCUUAUCUUUUCCUCUAUUCCUAUCCCAGACUCAUAAUCUUAUAGGUUCAGCAGUGCUAGAGCGCUCUUUCGUUAGGCAAAAAUCUCCUUUACCAGAAGCAUUCAGAAGUUUCUCCUGAACUAAAAUUGGCGGCCCUCCUGUUAGGCCUGACUGAAAAGGAUACUCUAUAUUGCCAUUCUGCCCUGUAUUCCUAUCACCCACUCUUCUGUGACUCAACAGAGUUUUCCUGACAUGCCUACUAAUAAAGCUGUUUCAUCCUUGG